AUGGCACAGAAGCACUUUGACCGGCCAGCAGAGGCCAAUGCCUUCAAUGACCGCUCCAAAUUCCCAGACCUUACCGUCACAUGCAACACCAAAUCUUGGUACUGCCACAAACUGGUACUCUGCGGUCGAUCGGAAUGGUUCCAGAAGGCAUGCUCCGGGAAUUUCAAAGAAGGCGGCGCAGAUACGAUUGAAGUCCAGGAGGAGAACCUCGACGCUUUCGAAGCGAUGUUGAGAUUCUGCUACACACUCGAUCUGGAAGACAAGGACACUACCGCCAUGUUCAGUGUACAGGUGWUCUCUCUCGGCGAAAAGUACUUUGUCAAGGGACUGAUUGCACUUGCCGCCGAAACCUUCGCCGGAUGUGUUCGAGCCAAGCAGAGUACAGAAGGUCUGUCAGUGGAUAUGGCAGAGGCGUUGGUCUAUGCCUACAGCGACACCAGUGACGUGGACAGGUUAUUGAGAGACACCAUAUCGAAGGCCAUGAUGGAUAACAACGGAGAACUCAUGCAAGGGAAGAACGAAGGCGUGUUCAAUCAGCUUGUGGAAACCCAACCCGAGUUCGCGGCGGACAUCGCCAAAGUCCUGUCAAAGAACCUCAAGCGGAAGCGCGACAGAUCGGAUGGAGACAACGUAGAGGUAACCGGGCCUGGGAUUGUCGGUUCUCCUAUCGAUGCGAUAGUCCCGGACCAUACUCGAGGUCACGGUCGCGGGUGGUUCCAAUGUCCGAGACGCUGUGGCGGUACUAUCUACUCCUUGGCCGCACAGGAUGGUCCUUCCACUUCUCGAUACAAUCUGCAUUGUUGGAACUGCAAAAUGAACUCUACCCAAAUUGCGGAGUUCUGGAGACGGAACUAUGCCGCUCUGGCGCCUCCCAGCUGA